AUGUACAGACGGACAUCCAACAUGGCUGGUCUGAGCUACCCUCCCACGGCCUUGACAGCUCUGAAGGAAGUGGAUCAGUGGUCGUUUGAUGUAUUUUCCUUCCAUGAAGCCACAGGAGACCACGCCCUCAAAUUCCUGGUCUACGACCUGCUGACCCGCUAUGACCUCAUCAACAGGUUCAGGAUCCCAGUGCAGGCUCUGGUGCAGUUUGUUGAUGCUCUGGAGAAUGGCUACAGCAAACACAAGAACCCCUACCACAACCUGAUCCACGCCGCUGAUGUCACUCAGACUGCCCACUUCCUGAUGCUGCACACUGGACUGAUGCACUGGCUCAGCGAGCUGGAGAUUCUUGCAAUGGUCUUUGCUGCAGCGAUUCAUGACUUUGAACACACAGGAACCACCAACAACUUCCACAUCCAUACCAGGUAAUGUAGCGUAUCCAGGUUUNNUGACAGGUCAGUGCUGGAGAACCAUCAUGUCAGUGCCGCCUACAGGCUGAUGGCAGAAGAGGACAUGAACAUCCUUGUGAACUUGAAUAAGGACGACUGGAGGGAGCUAAGGGCUCUGGUGAUAGAAAUGGUGAUGUCCACCGACAUGUCCUGUCACUUCCAGCAGAUCAAGACCAUGAGGAAUGCCCUAACACAGACACACAGUAUAGACAAAGUGAAGGUGUUGUCUCUGAUGCUUCAUGCUGCAGACAUCAGUCAUCCAGCCAAAGCCUGGCCACUGCAUUACCGCUGGACUCACAGUCUGAUGGAGGAGUUCUUUAGACAGGUACACACACAGCAACAAUGCUCACACACACAAGGGGGCUGCAGAACCUGCAGUGUGAACGUACCCUUAAACUUUCCUGUGUGUCUACUGUGCACAGAGCUGGCCAAUAAGGAGAAGGAGGAAAAAGAGGAAGUGGAGUCUAAUGUCAACUCAGACAUACAACCGCAUGUCUCACCCAGUCACAGUGUCCCUGAUGGACACACCUCUGACCAGUCACAGAAGUCAGACUGCUCCCCUCCUGAUGAAACACAUGACAACAAUUCUCCUGACCGCAUGCCUACAGAUCACCUGACCUGGAAUGGGGCAGGGACAGGGGAGGAGGAGAAGGAGGAGGACAAUGAUGAAGUGCUAGAAAAUGUCUGAUGAUUCUCCAAGGCGAGCCCGCCACUGUAUCUGACUGUGGCAGAUCACCAUGGCAACAGAUGGUGCGGUGCAGUGACAACAAGAGUUCAGACUCUUCUGUUUAAACACAGCAGCUGACAGUGUGGUUCAGUGGCCCCUAAAUGGCCACCAGACCUUAUGUUUACAACUGACCAUGAAAUUAUCACAUUCAGAGUGACAAGAUUCAUCAAAUAACAGCUUCUUAGCAGCUUCAUGGUCCAUUUACAGUGGUAAAAGUGUUUGUGAUUUAUUAGAAACUCAAAGGAACAGUGUCAGUGAAAAUGGUGGAAAUAUCAGUUUAAAUCAAAAUAAAGACAGACAAGAUAAAACCAAAGAGCGUAUAGUGGCUGAAAAUGUCUUCAUCAUGGCUAAGGCAGGCUUAUUAUUAGGGUUAUCUGAAGGAAUGAGACAUGGAGCUGUUAAGAAACAGUUGUGGAGGCUUUGUGAAUGAAGCUGAGCAGAGUGACAGGUGUGUUGUUACACGUCUUAUAAUAUGUUAGAAAUGUGUAGAGAUAUUUGUGCUCUGUUCUCUGUUCUGCAUGUUGUGCUUCUGGCUACAACCCAAUAUGUGAUGUCAGAGCUGUCAAAUAAUAGUCAAUAGAUCCUUUAGGAUAUGGCAUGGUUUUAAAGCUGCAGUAGGUAACCUUUAAAAUAGUAACUUUUUGUCAUAUUUACCGAAACUUCACUAUAUCCUGACAGUAGUACAUGAGAGAGAUAAUCUGUGAAACA